CAAUUUGAGGUUCUCACAGUCUUCGUGCUCUCUGUCUCUAUAUUCUCAUCUUUCCUUCUCUUUCCCUUUCACUCCAUUUUCUUUCAAAUCUCAGAUCUCUUUGUAAACUUUCUCCUUAACAACAACAAAAAAAGAUGUUCUCCAUCGCUGGAUCUUCGCUUUCCAUGCCUUCUCUCGCCGCUAGCCAGGUGUCUAUUACCAGGAUCUCAGGUUUGAAAUUAGCUUCGGCGCCUUUAGGCAGGGCCAUUUUUCCCUUGAGAAGGAACUACAGGCAGGGAAGUCUUCAGGUUUGCUGUGCGGCUAAACCAGAGACCGUGAACAAGGUGGUUGAAAUUGUGAGGAAACAGCUUGCUUUAGCUGAAGAUUCUAAUGUCAAUGGAGAAUCCAAGUUUUCUGAGCUCGGUGCUGAUUCUCUUGAUACGGUUGAGAUAGUGAUGGGACUGGAAGAGGAAUUUAAGAUCAGCGUUGAAGAAGAGAGCGCUCAAAGCAUCACCACCGUCCAAGAGGCUGCCGAUCUGAUCGAGGACCUCAUUUCUAAGGAUUCCUCUGCCUAAUUCCUAAUUCUAAUUCCAAUUCCAAUUCCCCUUCUUAUUCAUAGAUUUCUAUUUUUAGAUUUUGGAUUUUGCUAGCUGCUUCUAUUCCACCAUCUUCAUCUUUUUCUUUUCCAUUUAAAAACUUUCUUUAUAUAUUCUAUAAACGUUUUCUGCGUGCCCUCAUUCACCCUCUUUAAACUUUAAAAAAAAAAAAACACACACACACACACACAAAACCCUACGUCAGAAUUUUGUUUUCACUUUUCUUUAUCGUUAUUUAUUUUCCUUCAUUAUUAUUAUUAAACAAGUUUCUAGAAUGUUCCACUUCUUUCUCACUUUUCAUUGCUUCUUUAA